AUGGCCUCCCACAGCAAUGUUCGUUACCAUCGUGCCGCUGCCGCUGCUGCCCAACGCAGGGCACCCAACCCUCAACUCGGAUUUCAGCCCACUGCCCAGUUCACCGAUCCGGCCAACGCUGGACCCACUGGGAUCUUUGGAGGACUGCCAGACAUUUUCCCUCCGAGGCCCGGCCCUCAGAAUUCGAUUUCCGAUGAUCUGCCUCUUACUCCGUCUGCUACUUCGUCCUCAUCUUCAAGCAGCGCAUCAUCUACUUCAUCCUCUUCGUCGUCUUCGGCCACUUCCAGUUCUUCGUCAACAACUCUCAGUUCGUCUAGCACCAUCUCUUCCACGUCGACAACACCCACCGCUACCAGACUGUCGUUAACAACUGCCCCUGUGUCGACUGCCGUUGUCACCGUCUCUAUUCCACGCUCUUCUUCUGCAACUUUGUCAGCCCCUUCUGCCAGCAAUUCUGCUGAUAACGCGGACACUUCCAGCGGAAUGAGCACUGGAGCAGUUGUCGGUGGAAUUGGAGCGGGUGUUGUUGCUAUUGCUGUUAUUGGUUUCGCCGUUGCUUAUUUCAUCCGUCGUUCACGUAAACGCGACUCGGAAGGUGCUUUCGAUACCCAGAACUUUAGGCGUUCUGCAGUCCUUCUCGAUGACCCUCCUACUCAUGAAGACACGGUUGCACGUGGAUAUAACAACCCCCCUCCCAUGGUCGAGCGCUAUGCAUCUCCCGCACCAACCUUUGGUACUCAGUAUGGACACCCCGGCCCUGCUGUAUAUGGUGGAGAUGAACAUUACGACCAGUAUGGCGCUGGCGGAUAUGCUGCAGGCAAUGGAGCAGGGUAUGGUUCUGCUGCCACGUACCAGUCCUUCCAACCUGGUCAAAUUAUGAACGUAGACGGUGGUAUCCCCCCCGCACCAGCGAAUCCCAUGUAUGCUACCCCUGCAUAUACACAAAACCCCUUCUCGCCUGCCAUCUCCGUGCCAGAUGAGUACAGGGACCAGAGCAACUACAACUAUCAUUCCAAUGGACACCAGAACUACGAGUAUUCGCAACAUCAAUCUGACCCAUCUUUCCCUGCUCCCGUGAGCAUUCCCCAGCCUGUACUUACCCGUCAACCUAGCGCUUCGGCUCCCCAGUAUCCAAAUCCAAAUACUGGUGAAAUUGCCUCUAACGAUCCUCAUCGUCCUUCUCCUCUCCAGCUCAAGCGUGAGAGUGCACCGGCUAAUGAUUACGUCGAUCUGAACCGCUCUAGUGUCUCCCCCUACCAGGCUGCGCAGUAUGUCGAAAUAUCGCGCAGGCUGAACGCGGACGUACCCGCCGGCCUGGCCACCGCUGACGUUGAACGCGAGCUGCCUAUGCCGCCUCCCCCUGUUGCAGGAAGCGGAAACAACAGCCCUGGUCCCUUCGCAGACCCCGGGACUCCUCACACUCCCGGAGGUGCUCAGUAUGCCAUAGACAGACGCUACUCUGGUGAUGCAGAUAUUGAUGCCCGCGCGGAACCUCAAGCUCGCGACUUCCCCGCCCCUCCUUCACCAGUACACACCCCAGGAUCUGCCUCGCGCUACCGUAUUGACUCGAUGCCACCGACACUCCCCGAAAUCCACGUCGAGUCGCGCGUAUCAGUUUCGUCAGUUGGCGUGGAUGGCGCGGCUCUUCAUUCGCAAGGUCUGGCACAAGGAGGGUUGACAACUGGCACGCGCUCUCAGUUCCCCACGACGCCCAGUCCCCUUGCGAGUAGCUUUGGAUUCCCAAGCCCCGCUCCCAACGCGACUGAGUUUACUGACCCCAAGCACCCUGCUAUUCCUCCCGCGGCUGCCAGUCCCUCCACUGCUACCCCACCUUCUGCUCAGCCUGCUGCACCUAAACACAAGAAGCAAGCAAGCAUGCAGUCAGUCUACGAUGCUGAUGAUGCAUAUGGUGGCUUCUAA